ACUGAACGCCCAUGCAAAACGAGAUGCUGGUAUAAAACAGUGAGGCGCAGAAUUCUUUGAGCAAAGUUUACAGGGGCGCGAGGGGAUGCAAAUAAGACAUGGAGGCAUUAGAAAUAACUUCGACACACUCUUCCGAAUUUGACGGCUCCAGCAUCGUUGAGGAUGACAGCGAUUCAACGAACGCAUUUGUGGAACGAGUUCGCGUUGACCGACGCAAACUUGAAGAGAUGCUCCAAGAGACCGACUCUGGAGAGCCGACGAUGGCCGAUGGAUUUUUUAGGCGGAUUAUGGAAACGACGGGUACUCUCAUCUCCUGGCCGACCAAGCUGAAAAUCGGAGCAAAGUCCAAAAAGGAUCCUCAUGUGAAAGUCAGUGGACUGCCAGAGGCCAUUGUCAAGGCCAGGGAAGACAUUCUUGAGCUACUGGACACAAAGAGGAACAGGGUGACCUUGAAGAUGGACGUGUCCUUCACAGACCACUCCUACAUCAUUGGCAAGGGGGGUCGCAACAUCCAGCAAGUGAUGGACGACACGGGCUGCCACAUUCACUUUCCGGACUCUAACCGCAACAACCAUUCCGACAAAAGCAAUCAGGUGUCUAUAGCCGGUCAGCCUGCAGGCGUCGAGAGGGCUCGCGCUAACAUCAGGGACCUGCUUCCAAUGGUGGUAUCUUUCGACCUGCCCAUGGGAAGCUACCCACAGCCGCCCCUGGACCCCGGCUCCCUGGCCCUGCAGGGCAUCCAGAAGAGCCACGGCAUCACGGUGACCUUCCGCCGCGUCCACGCCACACUCACCGUAGUCUUCGUCAAGGGCAGCCGGCGCCAUGCGGACAGGCUACGGCAGGGCCUGAACGUGCUCGCGGACUACCUCACGGGAGGGUCGAGGCAAGCUCCUCCGAGCCUGGUGACUCUGACCACGGAGAUCGCACCCCAGCACCACAGCUUUGUGAUGGGACGGAACAGCUGCAACCUCCAGCACAUCUCCAGGCUGACUGGCUGCAUGAUCACCUUCCCGGACCCAAGCUUGACGCUUGGCCCCUCAUCAAUGCUCGGCCCUUCCUCGAUGCUGCCACCGCCCUUCCUGGGCUCUCUGGGGAACGGAGGGAUGCUCCAGAACUUUGCUCCUGCUCUGGCCGGGCCCUCCAAGUCAACCGUCCAAAUUGUGGGCCACUUCGAUGCGGUCUACGCAGCCUGGCUGGAGCUGAUGGGUUGGCUUCCGCUAGUACUCAUGUUUGACUUGAAAGAGGGACAGGACAUUGAUAUGCUCACAAUUUCUAGACUUAUGGACCAGCUGAACGUAAACAUUGGGAUCAAGCCCAAGCCCAAACGAAACUGCAAGUGCAUCGUAGUGCGCUGUGCAGAGAGAGACUCUCGACACCUCUUCGAGGUGCGACGCAUUCUCUUGGAUCUCGCAACGGACGAGCUCGGGAUGACUCCUGAGGAUCAGGUCUCUUACUCGGCCGCCUCUGCGCUGCUCUUCAGCAAGGGGAGUCUUCAGGAGCAAAUCUGGAGGGAGAUUAAGGAGUCUCAUCAGCAGCAGAGUGCCAACCAGCAGCAGCAGCUCUUGCUGAGCAUGCUGAUGAGUGCGGCUCCAGGCCAGUUCUACCCCCAGCAGAGGCAGCCUCCACAGCCACCCAUACAGGCUGCAUUGUUGCCCCUGCUGCUCAGCCAGCUGUCAAUGGGACACAAGUCUGGACAGCUGGGACAGUUCUGGGCUCCUCCUUCUGGCAACUCAUGCCACUUCUCCAACUGGAAAGACGUGGAGCGUGUUCGCAGCCCCGAAGACGGCAGCUUGUGCAGCCGGAGCAGCGGAGUCUCUUGCACCAGCCCCAGUUCCAGGGAGAGCCCCAUCGACUAUGGCUAUGGCUCUGUCUCGUGCAACAAUGUCGAAGACCUUCGGCGCCGGCUAAGUCCGGAUAACCCUCCCUACCGUAGCUGGGAGGCGGGUCAGGUGGCAAGGAAUAGCGCCAAUUCUUCCCGGGAAGACCUCUGGAGGCAGGGGCACCACCACCCGGUGGCGGCCAAGGCAGCCACCAGCCAGCACACACCUCUAAAGGAGUGCAACACGGCCAACGAUGGGUGGUCCAAAGGUGCUUCGUACCAGAAAAGCGUUGGUCCUGUGGGCUGCGAGAGGAAAGUGACCUUCAGCAGUCCCCUGCCCCACUUGGACUACGAGGGCAGGAAGCUCCUGGCAACCAAAGCAAUGCAAGAACCCGUGGGAUCAACGAAGCGGGUCCCCUCAAGCACCUGGUCUGGCUUUGGCUUCUCAAAGUCCAUGCCAGAGUCUGUGAUCAAGGAGAAGUUCCAAACAUGCGGGCUUGGUGCUUCGGCUGGUACUCAUGCCCCAAAGCUGGAGGAUCCCAAGGCAUGUCUGUCCAUGGACCAAACCAGUCCUAGCAAGGUGUGGUCCAGCCAAGGGGAUAGCUGCCUGGGAGCCACUGGAGGUACAAGCAACUGUGAUGCAGUGAAUAACCACGAGAGCGCCUUCAGCUUCAGCAACUUUUUUGACGCGGUUGGGGCUCGCCCCUUGGGCCACGACCAGCUUUUCCACGACAUUCCUCACUUGUUCAACCACCUGAGCCUGGGCAAGUAUGUGGACAUCUUCCUGCAGAACGAGAUUGAUCUGCAAACAUUCCUGGUCAUGACUGACUCUGACCUCCAGCAGCUCUGUAUUCCCUAUGGUGCGAGGAAAAAAAUGCUGCUUGCCAUAUCUGACCUCAACUCCCAGAAAUCCGGGCUUUCGAGAAGCUUCCAGGCGGCUCCCGGCGCGGAGCGUCGUACUUCUGGCACCUCUCCGCCAAGGACCCUUGUUGAUCCCUGCUGGUGAUUGGGGCCAUUCUUGGUCAUUGGGUCCAUCCCUGCUGACUGGGCCAACUGCCUCAAGAGCUGCAGCCAACUUAAUUUAUCUGACAGCACACCCCUUUUAACUUAUAACCUAAAUGAAUACCAAAGAUCUGGUUUCCUAGUCCCGUAGGUAGAUUAGAAAAAAAAAAAAAGCAUGUAGGCAAAGUGUUUGUACAGAACUCUAUGUUCCGCAGUUAAAGCGCAGGUAAUUAUUAGACACUACACUAAUUACCAGUCAAGAGAUUGUGUUAAAUUGUUUGUUUUUGUGUUCUCUUACCUUCAGAAAGGCUUUUUGUUUGUUCGUUUUUGCUUGAAAAACCCCAUUAACCUGGGAAAACCAAAUGUAUUUUUUCUGGUGGAGGCAGCUUAGUUUGUUAUUUUUUUAAGGGGUUUUGUGCAAUAAUGGGUCUCGUGUAUGUUUUGACAUGUACGUACGACUGUUCAGCGAAGAAACCCGAGCUGUGUGCUACUUCUAGUAUUUUUUUUUAUGGAUUUGCGCUCGAAUGUUUUGAGAGUACAACAGGCCCCUACCCUGUUCAAACUGACUGCCUCGGUAGUACCUGCAGGUUCCCUCAAGUCUAGCAGAGGCCUUUGUUUUUAGCUCUAUAUAAUGCUCCCGUUUCCCAGUUGGCACGUUACAAGUCCCCAGCGUUCGUAUUUAUUUAGGAACAGUUUUUUUCUUUGGAAACUGACAAUUAACCGCUAAGCUUAAGCAACGAGGUUUUAUAUUCCAACAGCACCGAUCUCCCUCGCGCUCCUGAACUUUUUCUGCGGCUUUGCCGCACCGUUUUUGUCGGGUAGGACAGCUGCAGGAAAGAGUCCCAUUAUGCUCAGCCCGCACGCACGCACUACUGUGUAGUUGCGACUUUUAUGCUCCGUACAACCUUUUUAAGAGACUGGACUUGCCAUUUUUACACCUUGGGAAGCAUUUACAGUGGUGAUAUUUACCCUUUUUUUUUCUUUUUGUGUUCAUUAAUGUGUUCUUUUUGAACCUAAAAUAGGUUCAACUUUGAGUGCCAAAAGUUGUAUUACGUGACAAGCCGUGGUCUGCAGCAUGUUUCUCUCGCAGUGUUUUUAUAUAAUUUUUCGUACUGCCGCGUUUGAGAAAUUUUUUUUUUUCUAUAGGCUUGCCAGGCUAUCUAGUCGAACAAAGUUUGUAUAUUUUUGUAUUUUCAUACAGUUUAAUUCUAAAAUAAACAGUUUUAUAAUUA